GUCCAUUACCCAAAGAUUUCGCCUGUAUUCACGGCUGCUCUGCUGCUGAAUUUCUGAACAUCGCACAAGGGGUCCAGCAGAUUAAGGUUUGGGCGGCUCUGGGGCUGCGCCGCGUGAGCAGAAUUCCUGACUACUUUGCCCGGCACCACUUUGACCACCCGACAUGUCUCACAUUGACCUCUCGGCCACGCUUCCCCGUGGCAACGAAACAGCAUAGGCCCAGUCCAAGGGUACGCACUGCCCGGCUCAGAUAUAUAACCUUAAAUACGUGCUCAGCGAUCUUGGUGCUGCUGCGGAAAUACAUCCAUGUCACUGAAGAAGAACCACAGCGUGGGCACUCGCAGCCGACGGCACCGCUUGUGUCGCUCCAGAUCUUGGCACUCUUCUCGGGAAUGCACGAUCCAUCUAUCGAUAACCCAAGCCCGCAUCUGACGACCUCUGAUCCUCCGACGGCAUGACCACUCUCCCAGCCAGAUUGCCGUGAUCUCCACUCCAAACGUGGCCGGGCAACAGCGCAACAGCGCAGCCCACGUCGAUCAUCAUGCCAUCUAUCUCUCUGCCAGGCACGGCAUCCAAGGGCAGACCCGCGCCGUGCCGAUGACGUUCGGACUCAUAAAACCUGCUGUAAAACCCUCGCGCGCGUGCAGUGCGCAACCUGGAACUGGACGGCGCUCUCCUCCGAUCGGGUCUCCCCUCCGAUUCCGAUGGCUGAGUCAUGGGCCCGCGCGUCGACCGAGACUCCGUGCGUAAUAUGCAGCCAAUCGCUACUCCGGGAUCCGUCUUCUGCAGUCGCUGAUCCGUACUCGGGUCUGGAUAGGAUAGGAUAGACAUCUAGCACCUGGGCCAACUUUCAUCCCGUAAGUCAGUCAGGCACGCGCCUGCAUAGUGACUCAGUCGGCAGGCGAGGCCGAGAUUUCGUGGAUCGCAUCUGUGAGCAGCUCGUAUACUGCAACGAUUUUUU